GUCAUGGGACUACAGCAAACUUUACCAUGGGAAUUUAGUAAUGCCUCAUCUUUUGCGCUCCCACUGACACUACAGGAACUUUGUUCCUAAUCAAUGUGUGUAGCACGAUUUUAGACAAACAAAGGCGCAAUAAAGUGCACUCUAUGUCUUCCGUGGCUUUUUGAUCAUUGAUACGGAGAUGAUGGAGUUGCCACAUGGGAAUGCACAAGGAGAGUGUCAGCUCGGCCGGUCAACUGUUGAAGGCUGUUCGAGCGGAGAGUCUUCAUUCUCACUUGAGUUGAGUGCAAGGAAGAGACUGUCAGUGGAGGAGGAAAGGUGCGCCAGUAGACCACCACCUGAAGGCGCAGGAGCGGUGAGCGUCUCUGAAUCAGACAGAGAUGAGGCGAAGAAAUAUCUGUGCAAGCAAUGUCAGAUGACUGUUGCUGAACUAAGGAGGCAAGCCCUCGCUUUGGCCGACCCCACUUCCUUAAAGGACUCUGGAUUUGCUUCCUUCAUCAUUGACCAGCUGCAGAUGCCUGAUUGGCUGGUGAAAGGUGGGCAUGAUGGAACAAAUUGCCAGGUGUGUGCCACACCAACACAGCAGCUGAGACAGCAGGCACUCCAGACCCUCCAAGAACUGUGUCUGGUUUCUGACAUGCCAUUCCUUCCCACCAGCACCUUCCCUGGGCAUCCCACCAGGCUGACCACUCAUAGUGUGGUCACUCUUUCCUCCAGAUCUGCCAAAUCCAGGAUACCUCACCCUGCACAUAGUGUCCUACCUGUGGGGGAAAGAAGGCGUGAGCUGGGAUGGACUCAGAACCCAUCUUCCAGUGCUUCUGCAAUGAAGCCAAGCGUGCAGGUGACCAUGGGUGGAAGACCUUUGACGGGUGCCAUCAGCUCAGUCACCAUUCAGGCCCAGCAGUACCUGGAGGGCAUGUGGAGCAUAUCACGCGUCAAUAACUUCCUGCCUCAGCCAAGCGUGACACAAGGUGUUAUGAGUCAAGCAGAGCAGAACAACUGGCCCUCAGAAAAUGCCGUCUCCAGAGUGUCCUUGACUCCCUCCAGACAAAGAAGUCCGGUUCAGUUUGGUCAGGCCAUGCCCCCCUCCACCAACCAGCCAACCUCAGCUGCGGCAUCCUUCUUCAUCAGGGCUGCUCAGAAGCUGAAUCUGUCAUCCAAAAGGAAGAAGCAGCAGCCACCACUUGUAUACCCCCAGGAACCAUCCAUCUACCCUACUAACUUUAGUGCUGUUCUCCAGUUCUCCCCUCCACCUGCUCCACCAUGUCUGCUCAGGGCGGGGUCAAAGGCCAAGGAGAACCCUGGCAUGGGCAAGGUCAAAGUGAUGAUGCGGAUUUGUCCAUCUAUGGGGGUUCUAGAUUCAUCUGAGUCCAUGUCCUUCUUGAAGGUGGACACUCGUAAGAAACAGCUGACCCUCUACGAUCCCUCCCUCAACACACAGCCCACCUCAGUGCACAGACGUGCAGCGCUUCCUGCCCCAAAGAUGUUUGCAUUCGACUCAGUUUUUUCCCAAGAAGCCUCUCAAGCUGAAGUUUGCUCAGGGACAGUGGCUGAAGUUAUUCAAUCAGUGGUGAACGGAGCUGAUGGAUGCAUAUUCUGCUUCGGUCAUGUCAAAGUUGGCAAGACAUACACCAUGAUUGGCACAGACAGCUCCACCCAGAGCCUUGGCAUUGCGCCCUGUGCCAUCUCCUGGCUGUUCAAGCUCAUCAACGAGCGUAAGGAGAAGACUGGCACACGUUUCUCUGUACGGGUGUCAGCCGUGGAAAUCUACGGUAAAGACGAGAGUCUGCAGGACCUGCUGUCAUAUGUCCCCACAGGCAGUCUGCAGGAAGGCCAGUCUCCUGGUGUCUACCUGCGGGAAGACCCCAUAUGUGGUACACAGCUCCAGAACCAGAGUGAGUUAAGGGCACCCACCGCAGAGCAGGCCGCCCUGUUUCUUGAUGCAGCCAUUGCAGCACGUAGCACCAGCCAGCCAGAUGCAGAUGAGGAAGACCGUCGCAAUUCCCACAUGCUGUUCACCUUGCAUGUCUACCAAUACCGCAUGGAAAAGAGUGGCAAGGGUGGAAUGUCUGGUGGUAGGAGCCGGUUGCAUCUGUUUGAUCUGGGAAGCUGUGAGAAGGUGCUGAGUAAAAGCAGAGACGGAGGAGGUCUGUGUCUUUCUCUUACUGCGUUGGGCAACGUCAUACUGGCUUUGGCCAAUGGAGCCAAACAUGUUCCAUAUAGAUAUAGCAAGCUCACAAUGUUACUGCGUGACUCUCUGGGGAACAUCAACUGUAGGACAACAAUGAUUGCCCACAUAUCGGACUCCCCUGCCAAUUAUACAGAGUCUCUCACCACCAUUCAGUUGGCCUCCCGAAUCCAUUGCAUGAGGAAAAAGAAAUCAAAGUAUGCAUCCAGUUCUUCUGGAGGAGAGAGUUCCUGUGAUGAGGGAAGGAUCCGUCGACCACCACACUUGCGGCCUUUUCAUCCCCGGACUGUUGCCCUUGACCCAGAUUUACCAUCAUUGCUCAGUGAUCCAGACUAUUCUUCAAGCAGCGAGCAAUCAUGUGACACUGUUAUUUAUGUUUGCCCUGGUGGCACUGCCAUCUCUGAUCGAGAACUCAGCGACAAUGAGGGUCCCCCAGCCUUUGUUCCUAUCAUCCCUUCUCUUAACCGCAAGCACAGAGGAAAAGAAGGCCCAGUUGACCGAGAUCACUUCAAAUGCAACACCUUUGCUGAGCUUCAGGAGCGAUUAGAAUGUAUCGAUGGUAGUGAGAAACCUACAGCUUUUGUUGGAGAGUCUGGAGAAAAUUCUACAAGCCAUAAAAUGGACUGUUGUGCAACCAAGUUGAAAGAAGGUUCCAGUUCUAUUUCGGUUUCUCCAUUUUUAUCAACACAGGACAGCAUAUCAACAAAGUCCAUUUCUGUUGUCAGUAAACUGCCCAGCAGUCCAAAACACAAGUCCAGAUCAGAACAUUCCAAGUGUCAAAGUGCCAUCACAUCAGACAAAGAUCUCAAAGACAUGUCUGAGAGUGUGUGUAGAACAAGUGCAGAUGGUGAAAAGGUGCAAAUGUCAGAAAAUGGAGCCCUUUGCACCCCAGGAAAACAAAGUAAAUCAACAGCAUCCCCAAACUCAGAGCCUGUGGUUAGGGAAAAAACAAAUUUCAAUAAAAAACAGUUACCAAAGCCUUCUCCCCCUCCACCACAACAACGAGAUUAUGUCAGGAUCAGUAGUGACACUGAAGAAAAGUCUGCCACAAGGAUACCACCAAUUGGGAUGAGCCAUCAAAAAAGAGGGGAUUCAAAUGAGAAUUUGCCUGUCAGGGUACAUCAUCUUAACCCCAGGACUCCUGUUGAAGUAAGGUCCAAUCUUAGUGAAAGAUACAUGGACAAGGACAUCUUAAAGACAACUGUUACCCUCCAACAGCCAGUGGAGUUGAAUGGUGAGGAUGAGCUUGUGUUUACUCUUGUGGAAGAGUUGUCUAUUGGCAGUAUUGUAGACAAUGGGAGGCCCUCAAGUAUAGUUAGCUUCAAUAGUGAUUGCUCUUUACAGGCACUUGCCUCAGGAUCACGACCAGUAAGCAUCAUUAGCAGUAUAAAUGAUGAGUUUGAUGCAUAUUCCUGCAGUGUUGGUUCCUCAGAGCCAAACAUUAAAAUGGUGGCACCACUGCAGGAGAAAACCUUUGCUUCACUGGGGAGCCGUGGGUCUUCUAUCACCUCAUGGCUCAGUGAAGUAAGUGUCUGUACACUUGAGAGUGAAGGUGCCCAAUCAGCAGAUGUUUUUCUCCCUCAUGGGACUCAUACUGGCCCAGACUGCAGUUUUUACUUUGAAUCUCUAAGCCUGUUCCAAAGCAGGCCACAGAAGGAGUCUAAAAACUCUUUGAAUGAUAGUGGCUGUAGCUUCUCAGAGUUGGAUAGUGACAGUGCUACAUCAAGCAAACUCUCCCUUAGCAAGUGCCCAUCCUUUCCAGAGGCCUCUAAAGUACCUGCCAAUAGUUUACCAAAACUGGAAAAGGCAAAUACCAUUCAUUUAUCUGAUCCCCAGUCCACACGAGACCCUCAAGUUGUCCAGCGCAAUCUUUCCAGGAAAUUAAAACCUACCUCAUCCAUAACCCAGAAUAGCAGUAUCAGUGGAAGCAGCACUAGUAGCAGUUGGAGACGUGAGCCACCUAGGCAAGACUGCAUACCAGAUAAUUCAUGGCAUAGAAUAGAUAGCUCAUUGGAGUCUUCAAUAAACUCUAAUUCAGGUUCUUCAUCCAAACUGGUUAAAAAUGGAAUGAGCAGAAUUCCUGCAAGAAAAUCAGGAGCAAACAGUAACAGUGUACCUCAAAUGCCCCCUAAAACAAUGGGGUCAAACCCAUCCCAAAGGAUAGUAGAUGGAUCUGAAAAAUCCAGCAACAACAGGAGAAUAGAGCCCCCCAGCAAGAUGCCACAGUUCAGACGAGGUGCAACCACACUUGGGACAGUUCCAGUCAUCCAUGCAUCCAUUGAUGCCAAGGUUGUUCAAGAUAUGAGUUCAUCAACAGGCAGUUUGAAGUUCUCCUCCUUGGGAAAAAGUGUAAAGACAAGUAAGCAGGAGGAGAGUAUGUCAAAACCUGGUAAUUUAUCUCCACCUCCCCCUCCGGUUCGCAAAUCCAGUUUGGAUCAAAAUAAUCGAAUCCUGUUUCCCUCAAGUGCCUUAAAGUCUGCUCAUGAUGCAGGGAAAUCUAUAGCACCAAGGGCUACAGGUUCAGAGGAUGACACUGAUUUUUGUUGUAGGGGUGACUCAAAUAGUGCAAUAGCAUCUAACUUAAAGUCAGACCAGAGUUUGAUAAACGUGACCCCCAAUCUUAAGGCUAGAGGAGCUAGAAGAGAUAUAGGACAGCUGUAUGGAAGCCAGAUAUCUCUUUACAGAUGUGACAGUUUGUCAUCUUUGGGGUCUAAACCUGCUCUUAGUCGAGAGAACAGUGGAGCUAGUCUCAACAGCAAGUCAAGUAAGUCUGUCAGCAGACCUGUUGCCACCUCUUUCCCAAUUUCUACCUCUCCAACUUCUUGUAUAAACCCAGUCACCACUGGAAAAAGUGGGCUUGUCAAAGGAAGCCUUACUGCAAGACCAGUACCUGUAAAUGGAAACAAAUCUCGUACAUUGUCUGCAAGCAACUCCAAAGCCCUGAGCUCAUCCACCAAGUCUCUUGCUGUUCCUGCAACAAGAAAUGUCAACCUUCCACCUUCAGGAAAGAAUGCAUUACCUCGAGCAAUGGUUGAAGGCAAUGGUAGAUCUACAAGAGGAACUAUUAUGGGUACCAAGCAAGCAAUGCGGGCAGCAAACAGUCGCGUUAGUGAAUUAGCAAUGGCCAAUCCUUCUGGAAAACACUCAAGGGUAUCAGGUGAUUCAGACAGUGGCAAUGACAGUGGAGUCAACCUCAAUGAAGACAAGCAUACCCCCAUCCCCAUUCUCCCUUCCCCAUAUAGUAAGAUCACAGCCCCCAGAAGACCUCAGCGCUACAGUAGUGGGCAUGGAAGUGAUAACAGUAGCAUCCUAAGUGGGGAGUUACCUCCUGCCAUGGGACGAACUGCACUCUUCUACCACAGUGGAGGAAGCAGUGGUUAUGAGAGCAUGAUUCGUGACAGUGAAGCAACUGGCAGUGCCUCUUCAGCCCAUGACUCCGUGAGUGAGAGUGGGAUGUCCUCCUCUGGUCGCACAAGGAGCUCCAAGUCACCCAAGAAGAGAUCAAAUGGCCUCCAGAGGCGACGUCUCAUCCCAGCUCCCUUGCCAGACACCUCAUCUCUGGGUAAGGCUGGAACCACAGGCCAGUGGGUGGACCUUCCCCCUAUGUCUGGACCACUGAAAGAGCCUUUUGAGAUCAAGGUGUAUGAGAUUGAUGAUGUGGAGCGGCUUCAGCGCAGAAAACAGGAGAAGGCAGAUGAGGGCCUAAUGUAUUUUAACACUAAAUUGAAGAUUCUUGAGAAACGAGAGCAGCAGAUCAAAGAUCUCAGAGCCAAGCAUAAGACUCUGAAAGACGAGCUUGAGGAAACCAAGUCUAGACUAAUGAUGGACCCCAGCAAGUGGAUAGGAGAGUUUGAGGUAGAACAGGAUAUGGAUCAGGAGUCGCAGGAGUACCUAGAGGCGUUGGAGCAGGCGACGGCAGAAUUGGAAUACUGCGUCAACCUAUGCAAGUCCCGUGUCAUGAUGGUAACCUGCUUCGAUAUCCACAUAGCAUCUGAUUUGCAGGAAGGUCCGCAAGAAGUGGAGGUAUAAGAACUGGAUGUGGUGAUUGAUGUACAGAAUAAAGAGAUGGAGAGAUGGAGAAAGAAAGACAGAACCCAGGAUGUCUAAACGGAAGGAUAUUAAAAUGUAGCAGCCUGUCUGGCGAUUCCGAGAAACAAAAAUGGAACAAAAGGAAGAUCAUAAUAAUAGGACGGAACACUGAAUUUUGCAUGAAGAAGGAACUUGUUAUCUUCUGGAAAAGAGAAAAUAGUUCUGGUAAAAUGCAGUGCCUCAUUACAAACGUAUUGUAUAAACUCAAAUGGAAAGCAAACAAGCUUUGGUGCGUUUGACACGUUUCCUGACCUGAGAAAAAAGAAAAAUCAUUCUCAUUUACCGAAGAGUUAUUCAACCACACCACAAAGUGCCUUUUUCAAAUGACUGUUUUGUAGACUGUUUGUCAAUCAUUAUUUUUUUUUCUACUGGUGCUAGUUCUAAGACCAGCAUACCCAAGCCGAACUAUUUUUUACAUUUAUUUGAUUGCAUUUUAUAGUGUAUUUAUAUAAUCAUGCAGUGUGAAAAUGUCAUUUUGGGUGGGAAAGGAGAGCAAUAAGCUGAUUUUCCACAGUUUGCCUUUGCCUCUUAAACUAUCACUUCUGUCAGCAUAUUGUUAUUAAACAUUUUGAGCCUUACGUUCUAUUUCUUGUUAGUGUAUGAUUGAUUUUUUACAUCUUGCAAAUAAAAUGUCUUUUUAAGGAACACAGUUAAACUAUUGUUAGUCUCAUGUAAUGCAAGCCAGUUUCUCUAAAAAUAUUUCCCCAAUCUCAUUUGGUUGCCUUGAGUAUUCCAAGCUGGAAAAUUGAUGCAUAUCGAUAUGCAUCCAUUUUCCAGGAUUUUCACACCCACCCCCCCCACCCCCCCACCCCACCCCCACAGAAGGUGAAAAGUGGCCCGACAGGUGCUUUGCAUCGGGGCCUGUAAGAUCCAAGUUAUGCCACUGGUUUGAGAUGGACUAUCUGUUUGUUUCACCAAUGGAAGUUGGUGGGUGUUUUCAGGAAACCUGUGAAAUAGUCAUCAUUUUGUGACGCUAGUGGCACGGAAAUUACACACUUCACCUUUAACGUGUUGAUUUCCCUUUAGAAACAACAAUUACAGAAAGAAUCACUUGUGAUGUAUUGAACUGGUACUAGAUUUACCUAAAAGGUGCUCAAUGUGAAUGUAAAUUCAAACAUUUUAGUGAACAACACAAAAAAAAGAAUGUAAAAUUUCAAGCCUCAAUAAUGGUCCUCAGCAGAUAAAUAUGUAUUCAUUGUGCAUCAGCUGAACAUUGUUAUGUUAACAAUAGAUGUGUCUUGUUGGAUAGGUGCAUUCUAUUAAAAUGCAGAUUGAGCUGUUGUUUACUUUAAAUAGUCACUUCAGCAAAGAGCAUUCAUCAGUGUAAUCUGACAUGUCUAGCCCAGCCUCUCUCUGUGGAUGCAUUUUGAUCUGCAUUAAAGAGCUGGGUGAGGUGACAUUUGUGCAGUACAAGACAGAGUCAGUCCUCUCUAAUACUAAUUAGACAACAACAACAGUGACUUGAAAGGAACCUUAAAAUAUCUGAUGAGAUUUGGCCCCUUCAGUGGCAUAUGUGAUAAUAUUGAUAUCCUUCUGAAGACCAGUUUAGACCAGCACACAUUUGUUGACCAGCAUGGUCUUUCUGGUGAAGCUGGGUGACCAAGGAAGUCUUGCUGUUUUGAGAUAAAUAAGACGCUUGGUAGGGACACCAGCAUAUCAGCAUCCCAUGUUGAAGACCAACAUCCAAAACACAACAUAUAGAUCUACUGGUGACUAACUAUGCUGGUCUUUUCAGCAGGGUAAGACACUUAAAACAUACUAAGGGAAGGUUCUUCUUGAAUGUCAUAAAAAUGAUCUUACCUGACCUGUCCAUGUCUCCAAACAUUAUGAACACCACCAUGCAAUGGUUCAGUUGAUGACACGCUGCAGUUUUUUUAAGACGUACACUGUGGAUGUAGAUCCAGGCCUUAGUCCUAUGCAUACAUGCAAUCAUGGUCCUAAUCAAACAACUUCAAAAUGCAACAGGAAGCAUUUAGCACAAAUGAUUGUCUUGAGAGCUAGCCUUCACCCGUUUCAGAAUUGUACGAUCAAUACCUUAUAGUGCUUCGGGUGUUAAACUCAAUGUGCUGUUUAAUAACUGCUGUAAAAAACACCUGCAAUUUUUUAUUUAUGUCAAAGAAGCUGAACUUUAGUGGAGAAAGUGAUUCAAUGUUUUCACAUGUAGCUGCCAGAAUGGCUUUCAUGUUUAUUUUCAGUUGAAGUACGGUUGUGAAUAACCUUUAGAUCUCAUACAAUGUUCAAGUUACUUUUUGUCAUUGACAUGAGAAAAAAAAAAUCCUGGAUUUAUUUACCUUUAUAAACAUACUCUCAUGCCCUUUUUCAAGAUGCUGCAUGAGAUUUGUAUUUUUUCUAAACUUUUUCAUUUUAUUUGAGUUUUGUAAUAAUUAUGCUGGCAUUCAUUAUACUUUAUGAACAUGGAUUUAACCGACACCAAACUGAAACUUGCUUUGAAAGCUGACAAUGUAUGUUGAGUCAUGUUUCAAAUGUAAGCAUAUUUUUUAACCUUUUUUUAUUUUUAUUUUAUUUUUUUUUAAAUAAUUUUCUGACCCUGUGUAUAAAUGUAUAUGUUGGCAGCUUGGGAUAACACUGUUUUUCUUGUGAAUAAAAAUGUCC